UCACAUCGGGGAGUGACAUCCUUCACUGGUCUCCGUCCAUAACAACAACAGACCGUUGGUCCAUUUCUUUAACUGUCUAUGGUUCGUCCACGGAAGCAGGAACAGGAACAGGUUGUCAACAGCCAACACCUCCAACAUUUAACUGUCUCUGCUCCUCCGUCGCCGUAGUCCAGCCGACCUGUCGACCUGCAUUCAUUAACGCGGAUUAGAGCGCGAGCUCAAAGCACAGCCACGUUAGACAUAUUCGGUUUGUAGUUUUCAGUCUCCGCGCGGACACAAUGAGGACGGCUGCCCUGACACUCGCAGUGUGUCUGUGUUUUUUCCUUGUCAGAGGGGGUCUUGUAAAUCCUGCCGGUGCGGCGACAGCCGGCGCGGCGACAGCCGGCGGGACGAAAGCCGGCGCGGCGAAAGCCGGGGAGGCGAAAGCCGGGGAGGCGACAGCCGGGGCGGCGAAAGCCGGGGAGGCGACAGCCGGCGGGACGAAAGCCGGGGAGGCGACAGCCGGCGGGACGACAGCCGUUCUGCGAAAGCCGGCGGGCGACAGCCGGCGGCCGAAAGCCGGCGACGACAGCCGGCGGGACAAGCCGGGGAGCGACAGCCGGCGGGGACGACAGCGGCGCGGACGACAGCCGGGCGCGAAAGCCGGCGCGAAAGCCGGGGCGGGACGGCGAAAGCCGGGCGGCGAAAGCCGGGCGGCGAAAGCCGGGGCGGCGAAAGCCGAGGGGCGAAAGCCGGGAGCUAAACCGAGGGGCGAAAGCCGAGGAGGCGAAAGCCGGCGGGACGAAAGCCGAGGAGGCGACAGCCGGCGGGACGAAAGCCGGGGAGGCGACAGCCGGCGGGACGACAGCCGGCGGGACGACAGCCGGCGGGACGACAGCCGGGGCGGCGAAAGCCGAGGAGGCGAAAGCCGAGGAGGCGAAAGCCGAGGAGGCGAAAGCCGGGGAGGCGAAAGCCGGGGCGGCGAAAGCCGGGGAGGCGAAAGCCGGGGCGGCGAAAGCCGAGGAGGCGAAAGCCGGGGCGGCGAAAGCCGAGGAGGCGAAAGCCGGGCGGCGAAAGCCGAGGAGGCGAAAGCCGAGGAGGCGAAAGCCGGGAGCGAAAGCCGAGAGCGAACGCCGGGCGGCGAAAGCCGGGCGGCGAAAGCCGGCGCGGCGAAAGCCGAGGAGGCGAAAGCCGCGCGGCAAAGCCGAGAGCGAAAGCCGCGCGGCGAAAAGCCGGGAGGCGAAAGCCGGCGCGCGAAAGCCGCGCGAGCGAAGCCGGCCGGCGAAAGCCGGGAGCGGCGAAGCACGGCGCGCAAGCCGGAGGCGAAAGCCGGGCGGCGAAAGCCGGGGGCGAAAGCCGAGCGAAAGCCGGCGGCGAAAGCCGAGAGGCGAAAGCCGGGAGGCGAAAGCCGAGGAGGCGAAAGCCGGGGCGGCGAAAGCCGGAGGCGAAGCCGAGGAGGCGAAAGCCGAAGGAGGCGAAAGCCGGGCGGCGGAAGCCGAGGAGCCAGCCGGGAGGCGGCUGCAAAGCACAACCUCCAGCAAACAAAACAAGGCAGACGGAGACAAGGAGCAAGAGACGACAGACAACAAGACAACAAAGACAACAAAGGCAAAGAAAAACACCAGGAACCGACAACCGAAACAAGCCGGCGCGGCGAAAGCCGAGGAGGCGAAAGCCGGGCGGCGAAAGCCGAGGAGGCGAAAGCCGGGGCGGCGAAAGCCGAGGAGGCGAAAGCCGAGGAGGCGAAAGCCGAGGAGGCGAAAGCCGGGGCGGCGAAAGCCGAGGAGGCGAAAGCCGAGGAGGCGAAAGCCGAGGAGGCGAAAGCCGGGGCGGCGAAAGCCGAGGAGGCGACAGCCGGGGAGGCGGCUGCAAAAGCACAACCUCCAGCAAACAAAAACAAGGCAGACGGAGACAAGGAGCAAGAGACGAAAGACAACAAAGACAACAAAGACAACAAAGGCAAAGAAAAAACACCAGGAACCGACACCGAGAACAAGGCAGAAAAGGACAAAGAUGAUGAAGGUAAAGGCGACAAGAAGAAACCAAAUUUAGAGAAAAACAGUGAAAAAACACCGGGAAGCAAGACCAAGGAGGACAAUCUGGAAGAAGAGGACACCAGAGAUGGAGACGCAGAAGGAAGAAAGCCGUACGACCCGUCGGGGGUGAAUAACGAGGCCGAGAGCAGUCACUUCUUUGCCUACCUGGUCUCCACGGCUGUGCUGGUCGCAGUGCUCUACAUCACUUACCACAACAAGCGCAAGAUCCUUGCUUUCCUUUUGGAGGGAAAGAAAUCCAAAUCCACUCGUCGACCUAAAUAUGCAGGAUACCAGAAGCUGGAGCAGCAAAUGUAAUCUGGACUCUCUCUCUCUCUCGAAGCCAUUGAGCCUCUCGCUGCUGAGCACACAGAGGUCUUGUGAGAAGAGAGUGAACGGAUACUGGCGUUAGAUAUUUCCCACAAUGCUCUCUGCCUUGCUUUCACCCUUUUCCUAAACCUAAACAGACAUUCUUCUAUUUUAUACCCCUAGAUAUCUUAUCAUAUGACUAUGCAGAUGACACUGUUGCCUUAUUGAGGGAACUAGUGAAAUGCAGUGAUGGUAAAAAUAAGCAGGUUGUUUUUUUGGCAUUUGGUGUCGUAAUUCCACUUUUAAGGCGAGCUUGUAAUUCAGCCCGACUUAAGGUCCGGACUCAGGAUAUUUCAGUAGCAGAU